AUGAUGUACCUUCAAGACCCUUGGCCCAAGCUGCCAGACGGCACCAACUUCGAUGGGAAGCAACUCUUCAGCCUAGUCCGCAGUGGCAAGAGCCCCUUUGAUGGAGCCUGGGAUGUCAACCUACUCAUUCGAGAGAUUGAGGAGAGUCUCGGCGCCGAGAUGACUGACAUUCCGUUCGUCUACAAUGGCUCCAACAAUUACGGUUUCCACAUCAGGCUCCGGGAUCGACCGGACAUCGUGGCGCGUUUAGCACGCGGCGAUGUCAACAUGCCUAACUAUGACGGCUUUCCAAUUGAUAUGCAAAUUUCCGAGGUCAAAUUCGAAGCGGCAGUGUACGAACUUUUACGCUCAGAGCCCAAUGUUUUAGCCUCCCGCCUGCUCUACCACCGUAUUCCACUGCAGCGCGAUGACCCUAGACUGGACCGCCCCAAGGAUAUCAUGGGCCGCCGGCUGUUAGUGUUUGAGAGAGCAGCAGGAGAGAACAAUAUAUGGCGCGAUCUCUGCCCAGAACAGAGAGCCUGCCUUCUUACCCAAUGCGCUCGUAUUCGCGCAUCACUUUUCAACUUCCAGCUCCCGCUCAACUUCGCCGCUGCGUGGCUUCGAGAACGCCUCUUCGAACAGAAGCCCGCAUCGCUCCCUGUUCCCGUUGCGCCCACGCGCGAGUUCUGUGUUGCUCUCUUCACGGCCAAGAUCGAAGCGACAAUCAGAAACAUAGGUGACAUGAUCGGCUGGGAGGACGACAACAAUACUGUUGGCCCCGUCGCUGCAGCGGCCAAACAGUCACUCUUACGCCUCAUCCCAUAUAUCAUGCCUGCAGACAGCAGCGAAGCCUCUCUAUAUCGUCUCGUUCUCGACCACGGCGAUUUUGGUAUCCACAACAUGUCGAUUACAGUGGAUGCACACGGUAGCCCCCGUGUGACGUCCCUGUACGACUGGGAGACUGGGUGCAUUCUGCCCGCUAUCUUGUCCAAUCCGCUGAUGGCAGUGGCUGUCGACCUUGUGACUGACGAGAAUGCCGCCCCUUCAAUAACGCGAGUGCCCAGCGACGCAGCUCCAAGCGAUCGCGUGCAGUACAUGGAAUGGACGAGGCAUUAUUUUCAGGCGCUCUUCAAUCAAGCGCCCAACUACGAACGUGCAAUCCAGGCAGGGAAAGACGCACGCCACCUAUGGUUUGCGUUGCGAGAGUGGCGGGGUGAAGAUCCGGAAGGAUACUUUGGUAGUCUGGGGAACUGGGCCGAAAUGAGGAUGAGGGAGCUUGGCGCCAUGUAGGAAACAUCUCA